AUGUUGGUGGAAAUAAGCUACUUGAAGAAGUGCACAGUUGUUGUUCUGCUGAUUCCAUCUGUGUUAGCAAUAAGAUGUUUCUCGGCUACCACGCCAAGAGACACCAUCGCGUUCAAUGAAUCCAUUUCUGAUGGGCAGAGCCUUGUUUCUAGUGACAAGAAAUUUGUGCUUGGAUUCUUUAGCCCUGGAGCUUCAAGCCACCGAUAUAUUGGUAUAUGGUAUAACAGUACUCCAAAUGGAACGGUUGUAUGGGUUGCUAACAGGAAUGAUCCAGUAUAUGAUAAGUCCGGUGUACUUAAGUUUGAUGAUGUCGGUAAUCUGAUAGUCCAAAAUGGCACAGGCAGCUCGUCUAUAGUUGCUUUUGGUUCUGGGAUGGGAGUGAGGGACAGGGAGGCUGCAAUACUGUAUACUGGCAACUUGGUGCUAAGGAGCAUGGCCAACCAUUCAAAUAUCAUAUGGGAUAGCUUUGCCUAUCCUACUGAUACAUGGCUCCCUGGAAUGAAUAUUACACUUAGAAAUUUGCUGAAAUCAUGGAAGAGCUAUGAUGAUCCAGCAACGGGAGAUUACACUUUUGGUUUUGGACCGAGCAUAAUUAAUAAAUCAGCAUCACAAUUCAUUAUUAACUGGAAUCGGAAUUCAUUUUGGACAAGUGCAUCCUGGAAUGGUGACACGAAUUCUCUCAUUCCAGAACUGAAAUCUAUGAGUAUCAUCCCUGUUUCAUUUCAGUGUGACAACCUUACAUGCAUGUACACUCCCAACCCUGCUGGCAUAAUGACUAAGAUUGUUUUGGAUCAAAGUGGUUCACUGAACAUAACACAGAUCGAUCCGGAAACCAAAUUGUGGACAUUGUUAUGGAGACAUCCAGAUAGUUGUGAUGUGUCUAAUUUAUGUGGAGUUAAUGGUGUAUGCAACAACAGUAUGUCCGUAUCAGCAUCAGAAUCCAUUUGUCGGUGUCCAGAAGGAUUUGCAGCACAAGACCAAUCAAAUUCUAGGAAAGGGUGCACCAGACAAACCCCACUGCAGUGUAAUGGUGAUAGGUUUAUUGAUAUGCUUAAUAUGACAGUUCCUGGCAACAGACAGAAGCUGUCAGUUGUGGGAAAAAGUGGCAACAGACAGAAGCUGUCAGUUAUGGAAAAAAGUGAAUGUGAAUUUGCCUGUAUGAAAAGUUGCUCUUGUACGGCAUAUGCUCAUUCGCUCUCCGAUGGUUGCAGCUUAUGGCAUGGCAAUCUAACAAACUUGCAGGAUGGAGUUGAAACUCUUCAUCUUCGUAUAGCUGCAUCAGAAUUACAUGGUCACAAAAUGCUUUGGAUAGCAUAUAUACUUCCGCCAGUUGCAUUCCUUGUCUUUUGUCUCAUCUCUUUUAUUUGGAUUAGGAGAAGGAAAAAUAAAGGGAAAAGAAAACAGCCUGAUCACCCCCUCGUCAUGACUUCAGAUGUGAUGAAGCUAUGGGAGAGCGAAGACACAGGCUCUCACUUUAUGAUGCUUUCCUUUUCACAGAUAGAAAAUGCCACAGACAACUUCUCAACUGAAAACAAGCUUGGAGAGGGAGGGUUUGGCCCUGUGUACAAGGGCAACUUACCAAAUGGACAAGAUGUUGCUGUUAAGAGACUUGCAGCGAAUUCAGGUCAAGGACUACCAGAGUUUAAGAAUGAAAUCUUGUUAAUAGCCAAGCUUCAACACAGCAAUUUAGUGGGACUCCUAGGUUGCUGCAUUGACGGGGAAGAAAUGUUACUAAUCUAUGAGUAUAUGCCAAACAAAAGCUUGGAUUUCUUCCUAUUUGACCAAUCGAGAAGAGCUUUUUUAGUCUGGGCAAUGCGUCUUAACAUAAUUGAAGGGAUCGCACAAGGUCUUAUUUAUCUCCACAAGCAUUCUCGGCUAAGAAUUAUUCACAGGGACCUGAAACCAAGCAACAUUCUGCUGGACACUGAUAUGAACCCUAAGAUCUCAGAUUUUGGAAUGGCAAGAAUAUUUGAUCCUAAAGGAGGACUAGCUAACACGAAAAGAGUCGUUGGAACAUAUGGCUACAUGGCCCCCGAAUAUGCCAUGGCAGGUAUUUUCUCUGUCAAGUCCGAUGUAUUUAGCUACGGGGUACUGCUUCUGGAGAUCGUCAGUGGGCUAAGAAAUGCCGCAGCUCAUGGACAUGGAAACUCCCUAAACCUCCUUGGUCACGCAUGGGAGCUGUGGAAAGAAGGCAGAUGGCGCGAACUCAUUGAUAAAUCGUUGCACGGUGCAUGUCCUGAGAAUAUGGUGCUACGAUGCAUUCACGUCGGCCUGUUGUGCGUUCAGGAGAAUGCUGCUGAUCGGCCCUCCAUGGCCGAAGUCAUUUCCAUGAUUACUAGCGAAAAUGCCACCUUGCCGGCCCCAAAACAACCUGGUUUCGUAUCCAUGUUGCUUCCAACUGAAGCUGAUGUCCCUGAAGGAAGCUGCUCUCUGAAUGAUUUGUCAAUUACUGGCCUGGAUGGCAGGUAG